UGUUCUCCAGGCUUUGAGGCAUAUGAGAAAGUUGUUUUAUCGCUUAACUACGAAAACUAGGUAGAUUUGUCAAAUGUACUAUCAAGUCAUCGAUGACCCUUCUGAUGUUUAAUCGAUGUUUUGGUCAUUUUGGGUUUUGAAGAUCUCAAACUUUCUUUUUUGUAAUCAGCCUUUCACAUAAAAACCCGUUUUACUCAUCAUACUUCCUACAUGUCUUUCUCAUUCACGGAUUUCAGGCAUGAUUUUUUGUACGAUUUGUGUAGCGAUUUAAGCAAUUUUUACAAAGUUUUAAAUUAAGAUGGUUGGAAAGUGAUUUAUGUAGUAGCGUUCCGUCCACCAGAGAUGAUAGAUCACUCUCUAGACAAUAGAAAAUAUCUCUUCUUAUUAGCGAAUUUUACAACUGUUUUAAACAUUUGAUUGUGUAAAUUGCACAUUUUUGCUGUAUUGGUGGAAAAUAUGUUUUAUGCGAAGGGAUAAUUAAUCAAGUAUUCUGGAGAACGCGCCUUGUACUAAAUGAGUGAAGUUUAGUAUGUAGUGCGACAGAUGGUGUGAAGAUUUGGUUCUCCUUAUGUUUUAGCAUGAAGUUUCGCUAACUAGUCCAAUACAAAAUAUGAACAAAAAUCAGAACAAAUGAUUGUUGAACUCUGCAGAAAAUAAAAAGGUCUAGUGGAAAAUUGCCAACUCUUUGUUUACACUGUAGCCAAUUUACUAUUAUUAAACAACGGUAAAAUCUUUUUAGAUUAGUGACUCCAUUGGAUCUGGUUAAAUGUAAUGUUCAAAAUAAUCCAGAAAUUUUUCCGACAUCAGUUACGAGUGGUCUGAAACAAAUCUAUAAUGGUAGAGAAGAAAUCGUAAAAAAAUUAGGUUUAUCUGAUGGAGGAGGAUUACGCUCGAUUGUCAAAGGAUGGGGACCAACGUUUGUUGGCUAUAGUAUUCAAGGUGCUGGAAAAUAUGGAUUUUACGAGUAUUUUAAAUAUAAAUAUUCUAAUUGGAUACAAAAUGAUAAAUAUAGAGAUUUGAUCAAUGCAGGUGCAAGUGCGACAGCUGAAAUUAUAGCUGAUAUUGGAUUAUGCCCAUUAGAAGCUGUUAAAGUGAGAAUUCAAACAUCAUCAUUUGCGAAUGGAUUAAGUGAUGGAUUACCAAAAUUUUAUGCAGAGAAUGGUUUACGAGGCCUAUAUGCUGGUCUAAUUCCAUUGUGGUGUCGUCAAGUACCGUACACAGUUACAAAGUUUGUUGCAUUUGAACGAAUUGCUGAAGAAUUAUAUAAAUUAUCGCCACGAAAAAAAGAUGAAAUGAAUAAACUAGAACAAAUGAGUAUCAUAUUCACAUCCGGAUAUAUUGCUGGAAUAUUUUGUGCAAUUAUUUCAAAUCCAGCGGAUGUUAUGGUUAGUAAAAUAAAUCAAUUAAACAUGAAUGGAAAUAUUUUGGAAAAAAUUCGAGUAAUCUAUAGUGGCACAGGAGAAAAACGCGGUAUAGGUUUUGCAGGAUUGUGGAAAGGAUUAGGUACUCGAAUAAUUAUGAUUGGCACUCUAACAGCGUUACAAUGGUUUUUAUAUGGAGGAUUCAAAGUGAUAGUAGGACUACCGACUCCGGGUGGCGAACACUAA